ACAUUCAUGAGGCCGAUGAGUCAUCAUAGUAAUAGUUUAUAAAAAGGUGUGAUGAUUCAAAGCAUUUUCUUUCACUUCUCGUUCGCGACACCACAGUUUACAACACUUCAAGACUCUUUUUAACGAUGGCCGAUCAAGAUCUUUGCAUUCGCUGCAAGAACUCCGUCCGAGCAAGACAAGAAGGCAUUCAAUGCGAUGGAUGUGACCGAUGGCAGCACAGAACGUGCGACACCGGGAUAUCCCAACAGCGGUACAGGAGCGCUGUCAGGAAUGGACAGGAUAUCGACUGGCGUUGUGAUGAUUGCCUCAACAUGAGCGCUGGAUUUCUUUUGCCACUUGCCGAAAGCUCGAGAAUUCCCCAUGGUAGUACAGUGGUAGGCGUUGGUGCUUCUCAAGCUUCUAUUCAACCUACCAUCAUACCUUCUUCAACUGUUGAUAGUGAACUCGUUGAUAGUGAAAUGGUUGACCUGAUAGUGAACUUGGGCAAUGAUUCCUCAACUCCACCAUCCUCACGCGAAAGUUCGGCACAAAAUGAAGAUUUUGGCAGUUACGAAAUUCCACCCACAGUUCAGGAAGAGUCAAUUAGAGAUGGCGCUCCAGGCAACAUUGUUCCUGAGGACACCAUCCGUGUCAUCGAGUAUGAGAAAAUCGAGUCCUCUACGCAACGCGGUAAAUGUAAGUUGGUGGACAACCUUGGACAUUCGUACACGGUUAAACGCAAGUAUGGCGAGGACAACAUUGUCUGGCGUUGUACUGUCCGCAACAAGACAACGAAUUGUCUGGCCACUGUGAGGCAGCAUGGCACAGACUUUAGUCCAGGUGUGCAGGUCCAUUCACAUCAACCGUCCAGUGGCAUAGGUACAGCAGCAAAGAUAAUCAGUGAGGUGAAAGCCAAAGCCAUGGAAGACUUCUUUCGAUCUGCAGGAGCUAUCGCCGAUGAAGUUCUGGUUGCCCAUUUCACAGAAGCCCCGUGCGCUGCUGUUCCUAAGGUUUGUAAUCUCGCUAGCACCCCAGAAAUGAUCGCCCUACUAAAGCAAGCAAAGGUUUGGUACAUGGAUGCCACUUUCAAAGUUGUGAAAGAUCCAUUCAAGCAGCUAUUCUCAAUUCAUGCCUUUGUGAGACAAAACAGUGACGUGAAGCAGAUACCGUUGGCAUUUAUCUUAAUGUCUGGCAAAAAAAGGCGAGACUACAAGCACGUGUUGAAGGCCAUCAAGAACCUCCUUGCUGAUGGUCUCUGCUUGAAAGGCGUUGUCAUCGACUUCGAGCAUGCGUUAUGGCAGGCAGUGGCAAAGGUGUUCCCAGGUGCAUCAGUUCAAGGCUGUGUGUUCCAUUGGACCAAGCAAUUUGGCGGAAAGUACAAGGGUUGGGCCUGA